AUGACAGGUCAAGUGUUGCUUUGGUAUCAGUUGAAUUUCCCCUUCUCUUCCUGGGAACAUUUUACUAUCCACUUAAAACUUGGCUUUGGAAACCCUAGCCUAGUCACUCCCGGAGAAAUCAAUUUUGUCUUUGGGAAAGGAUUUUUUGAGCGAUUAAACCAGCAAUUGGAGGACUUCGGAGCUGUUGAGGUCGAACGGGAUCCCUCAGUUGAGCUACUUGCUGUUGGAAUUCUGUCUGAGGAUGAUACCUCAACGCCGAGAUGUUCAAAUUUGGAACCACAAAUUCCAGAGUCGGCGGCAAAAACGUCGGGCCUUUUGUCCGAAAUAUCCAGAAUCGGCAAAUGCAACCAUAUUGCAGGAGGUAAAUCUUCUCGCUUUGCCAAAAUAGAAGACGUUUUAAUUUCCGAUGGUGAAGGAAAUACUCUUGUUGAGAUUCAGAGUUCAUAUUAUGUGGACCAAGAUUUUGAUUUGACACCGAAUAGCAAUAUGGAUUCCUGGUUUAAUAUUGAUGAUUCCGUUGCCGUUCUUUUUGGUAAUUGUCAAGUAGAAAUGGGAGAUUUUGGUUUGCUCCUAUCCGGGUUCAAGGGUGGAACUAAUUUGAGUGUUAAAGAUAUGUUUACAGAGAGGUUGGCUGAAAUUCAUGGAGACUUAGCUCUGGAUGUUUCAUCCCAACCAGUGGCAUUUGGAGGUUAUAAAACCUCAAAAUUGCUGGCAGUUAGUGUGUACAGCUUUGCAAAAGGAAUCGGAUCAGGGAUGCAGAUGGGUUAUGCUCAAACUCACUCGGGGUUCACAGAAGACUCUCAGAGCAAAAAUGUUGUCAUUGGCUUCCAUUAUACUCCUGUGAUCUUAAAUGUAUACUCAUCCAAUUUGUUGAUCCUCACAGUCCAAAAGUUGGUGCAACAAUGGGACAAAGUUGUAACCAUGUUUAGAGCUGGCACUGUGAUUUCGUAUGAGCUGUUGUGGCCAAUAUUCAAGCAGAAGAAGGCAGGUUAGCUCAACUAUCCAUCAACUUGAGUUAUGUUCUGAAAGUUGCUGUUGUUACGACUCAAAUGUGUUGAGAAUGACAGCUAUCUUCUUUGUUAGGCUUGAGGACAAGCCUCAUCUUCAAGGGUGGGAUAAUGUUAUGGACACAAUUAGAUGAAUGGUUGUAUCUGCAGAAGGACCUACUUAGAAAUAGUGCUAUCUAUGGUGAUCAUUGUGUAAUAG